AUGGCCUCAUGCGAGAGGUGCAAGCAGCGCAAGGCAAAGUGCGACCGCCGAUUACCGACCUGUCAGCGCUGUGAGAAGGCAAAGGUUGAGUGUGAGUACGGGAACAGACGGAAGCCGGGAUUUCCAGCUGGUCAUCGCCAGAUGCUAGAAGACAAGAUCGAGAAGCUAGAGUCCGAACUACGAGCCAUUCGUAGCACGCCGAGAACAAGCACAUCAACUGAUCAACCACCUCCACAAGACACAAUCGAAGUCGAGACCAAAUCACCCAAUGACCAGCCAAUCCCUUCAAUGCCCGUCGGUGAAGCAUCACCUACUUUCGAGCGCACCCGCAGAGUCACUGAGCGCAGACCCCCAACCGACCUCGUCGUUUCCCUCGCCUCUCUUUACUUUCGCCACAUCCACCCAUGGUUUCCCUUCCUAGAUGUCCAGCGUGUCUGCGCAGACAUGGGCUCUAUGGAUGAGCCUGCGCUGCUGUACUAUGCGCUCUUUGGGGUCACGCUGCCGUACUCGUUUGACUCGCGUCUUGAUCAGGCGUCGAGUGAUUCGUUUUGGAAGUAUUCUAAGCGCAGUAUAUUUGUUGAUGUCCUGGAGGAGCCGUCGUAUAGUUCGUUGGAGGUUCUUACGGUGCUGGUUUUGGAUCUCUCGGGCAUGACGCAUGGCCCUCAGGUUUGGGGUCCGUUGGCUGUUGCUACAAAGCUUGCGGUGCAGCUUAAGAACACGGAUGGGCUUGUAUUUCGCACGUCGACAGAGGCUGAGAGGGGUGAAUCGCUGAGAAAGAGUGAUGGUAUCUUCCGACAGCGGUUGUUCUGGGCUAUCUACGCUCUGGACUGCACUAUCUGCAUCACCACGAACCAUCAUUCGACCUUGGGCGACGACCAUGUUCACCACUUCCUACCAGCGCGCCAGCAAGUCUGGAGGGAGAACUUGUCAGAGGUAGACGAUGCGCUGCUUACUCCGGCGUCUGUGUUUAGCUACCAACUGGAGCUAUUCGACCUAUCCCGGAGAAUCCACAGAGUUGGAAUGCAAUACAGUACGCUUUACAACAACCAAGAGCUGGAGUCAAAUUGGCUGAGCGAGUUUCGCAACGUCACGGCCGAACUGAAUUCCUGGAUGGAGACUUUACCAUCUCGGUUAUUCUGGCAUAACCAUAACAUUGUCGACGACCGUGUGCCAGGCGCCAUUCGACCAGCCACAUUUAUGCUGUAUGGUUAUUACUACGCCUUGGAUAUCUACCUCAACGGCUAUCUCGGCAUCCCAUGUCAUUUCAAUUUCCAGUCCGAUUCGCAUCUCGACAUCCGUCGCCAAUGCUUAGAGCGAUGCCUCACCAGCGUACAAGCCUUGGCCCAGAUCGUCACAAAGGUAGCCGACCAAACAGUCGAUAAGCUCGGCUGGCCAUUUGCCUGGUCCGUCUGGGUAGCCGCUCGCUUUCUCACAGCGCAGAGAUUCUUCACAGGAGAGACUGAUCCCGAGAGCAUAGCAAAAGUCUCACUUUUCACCACCUUUCUCAGUACCAUGGGCCGGUUUUGGCAGAUCAGCGCUAGCUACGCCAAGAUUCUGCGUCGGGCGACCUCUGAUCUUGAUGCUGGAACUGAACAGGGGCAAGGAACGAUUCUCCAGCUCAUGGCGGAUCUUCGGAUCCCGACGUCCCAUAUUGAGGAUCAGUUUAGGCCAGAUUCUAUGCUGCAUGGGGUGAUUAGUCCAGGGCAGUCCGUUUCGACGUUUGAUAACGCCAGCUACAUGGACGUCGAGAGAUUGGAUACCCUUCUCCCUGUGUUCGCUGACGACGCGUGUUUUGAUAUGUCUCAAGAUCCGGAUAACUGGUUUCGCAUGCCGUUGUUUGCCUCAUCAGCAUACCAGCAGUUCAACGCGCCAGAGCAGGAAUGA